CCCUAGCGCUAUACAACGUCUUCGGGUUAUGGCUCUUUUAACCCUAACGCUCGCAGCACAAUUCUCCUGUCAUUAUCUUCUACCUUUAUCUCGUGCCAUUAUCUUGGUGCACCUGCCACGUCAAUCAUGAUCAUCUGAGAUCUUUCGCAUAGCUAAUUAGCUUCUGAUCCCCCCAGCACUUAUAAAAACUUGAAUGCGCAACCAAUGGGUUCUCCCAAUCCUUCUCUACCCUCCACCUAUCAGUCAUGCUACGGCUACCUGACUUGCACAUUUUGGAACAUAGGGAGCUCGUCCUCGCGGCCGCGGCUUGUCUUGGGCUAGGAGCUGUCAUUCGCGCUUAUCAUACAACAGGAAGUAAACUUCCCAUCCCACCUUCCCCUCCCUCUGCGGGGUUGUUGGGUUACGUCCUACCCACUCAUAAGUCAUAUCUCACGGUAGAGAAAUGGAUUGAAGAGCUCGGUCCUGUGAUCAGCUUUCGCUCAGGGACCAGGAGAAUCGUGAUUAUUGGCCGUCACAAAGCUGCGGUGGAUAUUCUAGAGAAGCAGGGCGGAGUGUCAAAUGAUCGUCCUUCCAUGAUUUCCACUGGAGACAUGCUUAGCGGCGGACAGUCCAUCGCCUUUUCACACGCUGGAGACAGGGUGCAUCAGAUGCGUAGAGCACUUCAUUCGCAUCUUGGACCAAGAGUAGUUGAUCUGUAUGAGCCCAUACAGUUGUCCUACGCAAAGCAUGCGGUCGUCGAUAUACUUGAUGACCCAUCCAAAUUUCAGAACCAUACGUUAACUUUUAUGGCAUCGGUUGUUAUGAGAGUUGCUUAUGGGAAGACUGAGCGUACGUUUUCUGGUGAUCCCGAACUCAAAGAUGCUCGCCAGCGGUUAGAGGCAUUGGGUAAAUCCCAGCGUCCAGGUGCUUACCUGGUGGACUCGCUUCCAUGGCUCAAACACAUUCCUUGGUACGGCAAAGCCUUAAGACGGGAGUUUGAGAACGGCAAGAAGGUCUACCUCGCUCAGCUGAAUCAAGUAAAACAACAAAUCCAAAGGAAUGAGGAUGUCAACCCUUCGUUCGCGAAAUUUAUGCUAGAAAAUGAGCAUAGCUAUCAAUUUACCGAGCUUGAGAUGGCCUGGCUUGUCGGGGGCUUACUGCUGGCGAUCCACUCAACUUCUGUUGCAUUAUGCACGAUUUUUAUGUCAGCCGCAUUGCACCCCGAGGAACAAGCUAAAGUCCAAGCCGAGCUUGAUGCGGUCAUCGGAAGGAACCGAGUACCCACUUUCGAGGACGAAAAUUCUCUUCCCCGUCUGCGCGCCUUCGUCUUGGAGUGUCAAAGAUGGAGACCGAGUGCUCCCGAAGGAAUGCCUCACCGAACAACUAAAGACGUGAUUUGGGAAAAUUAUUGCAUUCCCGCCGGGACUACCGUGUUCGGCAACCACUGGGCCAUCUCUCGGGAUCCGGAUGUCUUCCCUGACCCUGAGGCAUUCAAACCUGAGCGCUGGCUGAACGACCAAGGCGAACUGAGGACCGACCUCAAAUUCUAUACCUUCGGCUUCGGUCGGCGUGUGUGCCCUGCCCAACAUCUUGUGCCCAGAUCCAUGUUUAUACAUACGCUCUUUAUUCUUUGGGCCUUCCAGAUAAAUCUGGAUCGUACGAAGCCGGUGCAUGACAUGGUAUAUAUGAACGGUGUGGUGCCAGAUGUCCAACCAUAUGCCGUUCAGUUUGAGACCAGGGUCCCGGAACAGACGCUGAGGCGCAUGGUGCAGGAUUCUGAGGUCGCGUGAGGGCCGUAGAGUCCCAUUAAAGUUUUGCCUUUUAUCUUCAACGUAUUCAAUUAUGCAAGUUUCUUUCCGUCGUUGUUUAUCUCUUUCUU